CUGUCUCCAUCUUGGUGUCACUUGAUUCUCUCCCAGUCAGGACUCCACGCAAGCACAUUCGAGAGAUGCACUCCGCAGUAGUGAUGGGCUUGGCAAGUCCGAGGCAAUCCGCUCUUGGCAUUUAGUCUUCUCUCAGCCUAGCGUCAUCAAAGUGCCUCCAAUCUGCCAGUUGCCAAAAAAAUGUUUCCCCUCACGGCGACUUACAGCCUGAGACGUCGAUACCAGAGAACAGAGUGACAAUCAAUCUUGUCGUUCAAUCAACAACUGCCUCUGGGACAAUUGCUUCGUUGCCAUCUCGUAAUGGCCGACGAUGAUGACCCAGUCGUUGCCGAGUAUGACGUUUACCUCACACAUCCCCCACCCUCCACCUCCGACGAGCCUUCCUCCAAACUCUGCCUUCUUCAGUAUCCCGCCCACCGUAAAGCCUCAAAACCAUACAAUGCCGCGUUGUCACAAGCUCCCACUGCCUUGAGGCUGAAAUCAAAAACAGGGUUCCUCGAAGUCGAUAUACCCAUGAUCGCCCAUGAUCACUACAAUGAACUUACUGGCGAGAAAUAUGGCAAGGCUAUUGCUGAGAAUCGCACUCUACACACCGGAGGUACCCAUGGCCUGGCCGGUGGUUUUUCUGUCAACUCUCUGCUGAGACCAGGUGACACACUCGCUCUUGAUACUCCCGACUUUGUUUAUCCACCCCUCGUGACUCAGACUCUUGGCGGCAAGAUCGUCACCCCUUCCCCUCGAGAUCCUAUAUAUCUGCUGGGUCAUUUUCGAAACAAGCAGCUUCACCUCUCCCACCUGGACAGCGUGGUGCAAAUGCGCCCACAGUUACACCACAUUGAUGCCGAGGACGAGAACAAGCGGCGUCUGCCUUCCACUGCCAAUACUGCCCCAGGCCGCACGAAGGCGGCAUCCGACGGGCUCGCCAAUAAGGUCGAGUCCAAGGCCAUUGAGAUUAAGUUGAAAGACAACAAGGAUGAUUCAAAAGACAGGAGCCUCAACGAUAAUGCCAAAAUGCUCCGAGAUAUCCAGACAGAUGAAUGGCAAGAAUUUUCCUGGGUGGACCAGGAUGAGGAAGAGGCGCGAGACGUAUUUGAAUCACAUCUCAACCUCUCCCCUACAAAAGUGGCUGCAGCGCCCAGGCUGAAAAGCGGAAUCAGCAAUGGCGACUGGCUCGAUAAGAUGAGCGCCCCACGUGAAGAUGGGAAAAAGGGUCUCCUGGCAAAGUUACGGGGCCGCGAGAGGGAGCGUGCCAGAAGGAAAAAAGCAGAGGAGGAAAAGCGACAACGCCAGAGGGCAAACGCCACAGGACUGCAAGGGGGCAUCAGUGCUACUUUAGGAGUAGACACUGACAGCGAUCUGAGCAGUGCCGAGGAUUCGGAUGUGCCUGUUUGAAUGCGUCCAGCCUGAUCUGGGCAAAAGCACCGAGCACCGAGUUGCUCACUUUCCCAUGCCUAGAUGGACGCUAUCGUCGAUGUUGUCGCUGUCCGGCUUUCAUGAGCAGUUGAAAUGUCCUCAGGUCCUCUUUCGCAUCCUUGGCCGUGGUCUUGAUCUCUUUGCCACCAACGACCACGUCAUACAACUCCUUCAUUUCAAGUGUGUACGGAUCUUCAUAUGUUCGCCUCACGAGAGUUUCUCGGUAUGCACCAUCGACAUUCUCACGGAUGAGCAUGGUCACAGGCAGACCUUUGACAUACGGGGUAUCCCAUGACACCUUGACCGAUUUCUGGAGGCUGUAGACCUCGAGAUGUGCAUCGAAGCGCGGCACAUUAUCAAUACCAGAUUCAUAAGUGACGGAGAAACCCGGAUAUCGAAACAUGGCGCUAGAUUUUGUUGAGCAGGGGACGAGAGCAUCAAGGUCGACAGCAAACAUACCUCCAAAAAUUGGGGCUCAUAAAGGCACCGCCUACAUCUUCUGGUUGCCCGAGCGCUUCUCUCAUUGCCGACAAAUCAUGAGAUCCCAGCCCACAGAGCAGGCGCCACAUCUUGGUGGUCUCAGACGUAACAGGCACACCACAUUCGACAGCCAGUGCCUGAUUGACAAUAUCAUCGGCUUUCGCUUUCUUCUCCGCGAUUGCUUCCGGACUAAAGUCAGUAAAGACCUUGGGAAAGGUCCCUGACUGAGAAACAAAAUGGCUGUUAGGCCCAAUGAUGUCUACGAGAAAGGCGUCCAACGAUCAGCUAUGAAAUGGAAAGAGCGAUAAAUACCAUAGAUAGACAAACAUACCUCUAACUCGAGCAUAGAGGAUCUUGUCAAUACCUCCAACCUCUUGCACCAAAUCCACAAA